AUGUUCACCGAAAACACAACAAAAUGGCACGCAACAGAAUGUUCCAUUCAACCGAUAAUCCACAGUUUCAACGCCACAGUCACCAACAACAUCUACAACGAGACCACAAUCGCAACCUGGGAAACCAGCUGGGCAACCUGGGACCAGGACCUCAACAUAUCCGACUCCGAACUCCAGAAGAUCCCAGCAGGAAUGUACUUCAACCCACCAUGGGGUCUAGAACAAGGCAUCACCCCAAACACAAGCUUCAUGUUCUCCGAUCUCGCCGCUUCCUCUCUCGAUACUUUCUUCCAGGAUCUAUUCACGGGUGUCUGGUUCAUGCGGUCUAUGUAUAGUUCUUCGUUUAUCCCGAGUUCGUUGAAUAUGUACGCAGCCCCGGAUUUCAUCCAGGUGAUGGCGAUUGGGAAUAUCACCGGUUGUGAUGUGGGGAGUAUGGAUAAGUUGCAAUGUGCCAUGGAGAAUGUGGCUGCGGCGGUGACAAAGUCGUUCCGUGAUUCGGUUUUCAUUGCGGAUUCGGAUCCUGUGAGUGCCUCUAUGGCGGUUGGAAGGGCUAUGGCUAGUGUGAAUUAUGUGGAGGUGAGGUGGCAGUGGAUUGUGCUGCCGGGGUUGGUGUGGGUGCUUGGUGCUGUGACUUUGGUUGGGAGUAUGUGGAAGAGUCGGGGGGUGAGGGCUCCAAAGUGGAGGAAUGAUCCUGUUCCUUUGUUGUUCUUGUUUCGGGGUCGGGGGGAGGAUGCUGUUGGUGUGGCUGAGAGGGAGGUUGAGGAGAAGGCUGAGGGUUUGAGGGUUAGGUUGUAUGAGAGUAAUGGGAGGAUGGCUUUGGGGUGA